AUGAUGUUCAAUAAACCAGACCCACAAAGACUUUUACAAGUGGGUCCUGACCGAGCAUGUGCAGAAUGGGUGCUUCGUAAUGGUGGUAAAGUUGUUUGGGCUAAUGGGCAGUCAUUGGCAGAUUAUAAUAAUUUGCCCCCAGAAGAUGAAAUUCAACAAAAGUUAAUAGAAAUUGAUGGAACAGAUUCUUCUAUAUCUCAUUAUGGAUUUCCUCACUUAAGUAAUAUAUUAAACAUUUUAUUUUUUAUUUCAUGUUUUUCCAUAAAUUUUAAGAACACUACAUUUUUAGAAGGAUGCAGUAAACUAGAAAGAGUGAUUUUGCACAAUAGCAAAUAUAUUGAUGACAGAGCUAUGAAAGGACUAUCAUAUGGUAAAGAAACAUUACUUCAUGUACAAGUUUCUAGAUGUCCAAACAUAACAGAUGAUGGUCUCAAGGAGUUAACAGUCCUUAGCAAACUACAAAAGUUAAUUUUGUUUGAUUUACAAAGUGUUUCUGAUCUUCAUAAAUGUAAAGAAUAUCUUAAAUCACAACUUCCUCAAUGCAGUGUGAAAGGUAAUGUGAAGUAA